UAUUUUUUUCUCGGUGAAAUGUUUAUCCUCGCUCGACAAUGUUCGUCCAGAAAAGACCAGCAGCACCAUCUCAAGAAUUCAAAUUAGAUCUUGGGUUUGUCGAUGUCAGGGCAACAUUUGCAGUCAAGCAGUUCCCUGGGUGGGCUGGGAAAAAAAUUCGUUGGUUGGUGAGACGCUAUCUUUGGUGGCACCUCUGCGCUCAUGAAGACAGACGACUUUGAUGUGCUUCUGUCUACUCCAGUCCCUCCGUGGCGCGCGGCGAGGGAGGAGCCGCCUCACCGCCCUGUGUGCUCUCGCGCACAACAACGAGGCCACUGGAGAAGCUAAAUCAUCGUCGGCCAGCAGCGAGCGACUGGAGGAGAUUCCGCCGCCUCUCGCUGAGUUAGCAGCACUGCUACGUGUAAUCAGUUUACGGCAUCUGAGGGAUGGCAUUGUUGCUGUUGUUUCUUCUACUCCUGCGAUUGGCGGUGCAGGUGUCGCCCCAGAGUUCUGCCUGGCCCUGCCCAGUCCCCUGCACGUGCAGGGAGGACCACGUGCAGCAGGUGGGGCGCGCGUACGCCGUGCUGUGCUCGCACCAGCGCCUGCCUCGUGUGCCAGACCUGGCGCCCUGACGGUGGUGGACGUGGCGGUGAUGGUCAAGCUGGACUACUGCGACCUGCAGCACGUCACGCGAGCCGACCUGCCGCCGGGCCUGCGCCUGGCCAUCCUUCACCUCAACGGCAACGCUGGCCUGCGACUGGAGCAGGACGUCUUAGCCAACAUACGGAACACGCUGGUGGUGCUGGACCUACAAGCCACCAACCUGCCCUUCAGCGAACCUCUCCUCUUCCUGAAGGGUUGUAGCCAGCUGCAAGAGCUGCGCCUCAGCUUCAACAACAAGGGCACGCGCACGCCUCGGACGUGACGGUGGGGCUUUUUAAGGGCCUUGGCCUGAACUCGUUCAGCAAGCUGCGGCUGUACAACUCCAACAUUCGCAGUCUGGCUGAUGACGUGUUUGAUGGCGCGGAGAGCCUGCAGCACCUGCAUCUU